AUGUUUUUUCUUUCCUCUAAGGCGCCAAGGCCGCUGGCACACCGGAGACCGCAGAAAUCCUUCUUUGAGACGCUUAUCAGGAGCCUGAUCAUCUUAUGCGUGGCGAUAGCGGUGGUCUUGUCGUCCAUCUCUGUCUGUGAUGGCCGCUGGCUCUUUGCGAGGGGGCAGCUCUUUGGACUGUGGCACUUCUGCACCAUUAGCAAUGGCAGCGUCCUGAAUUGCGUCACUGACCUCAGCCUGGCCAAGGUGGAGGGGCUGAGUGUGGGGGUGAUUCCCAUAAGAAGCAUGGUGUCCUUUGCUGUUGUAGUCGCCAUAUUUGGCCUGGAGCUGCUGAUGGUGUCCCAGGUCUGCGAGGAUGCCAAUGCAAGGCGGAAGUGGUCGAUGGGCUCGGUUCUCAUUCUUGGCUCAUUUUUGCUGUCGGCUUCUGGAGUUCUGAGCUUCUCCAUCCUCGUGAAGGAUCACCUCACGUUCAUGGGCUUCACGCUGACAUACUGGUGUGAGUUCAUUGCUGCCUUCCUCUUCUUCCUUAAUGGGAUCAGCGGACUUCACAUCAACAGCCUCACACACCCCAGGAACAGGGUAGGCAAAAUCUAG